UGAAUUUCAACUCGAGACUGUGGGAACGCUAUGUGGGCUGCAUCGUGGAUCAUGGAUUCAAAUUGAAUUGACGUUAGGUGGGGCGGAGACGAAACGCUUAUAGGCAUACUUUGAUAUAGAUGUGAUUGACACUAUCUUCACUCUGCUAACGAGAGACCGACCAAGCAGUCAUUACAGUAUACACUGUUAUUCAAGCUUGAAUGCGUGUUGUCGCAUUUUGUUAACUGCUUAAGCCAAUCAUGAGUGAUGAUGAAUCCAAUGGCUCUGCGGCUGCUGAUUUGGUCCACGACGGCAGUUCAGAGAGAUAUUCGCCAGAAGAGGACCUGCAAAUGGCCCGCGCAUGGGUGGAGGUCGCUACGAAUCCUAAGUUUAAUUGUACUGGGUCGUUAGACUUCUGGGCCCAUGUGUAUGAGGAACAUUUGGAUCUGUGUUGGGAAAAUCGUGUGCAUGUCGAAUCAAAAGGAGCGGAGGAUGUCAGAAUGCGCUUUGCCCACCAAGCGAAAGAAAUUGAUCUGUUUCAUGCGGUGUGGGAGAAGCUCAAGUCAAUCGACAGCGAUGGAGACUUUGACUUUGAAAGCGCAGAGAUGUUGGAAAACCGUAAACGUCAAACAACGCGAAUGUGGUUCGCCACCAAGCUGUUUAACUAUCGCACCGAAAUGUACAACGAGAAGAUGGAGAGACUCGCCGCUGAGGGGAAGCAUGCCGAAGCGGCAAAGCUGGAGAAACCCGAAUUCCUUGUGCAAAAUAACAACAUAGAGGCGUCUGUGAGAGAUGUAUGGGAGCUGCUCAUUGAGAUUCCUGAAUUCUUUGCGUUGUUCACUGAUAUGGACUAUGAAGGUGAUUGGACGCCGACCAAAUUCUUGUAUGGCGAUCACUCGGCUGAUACAAGCGCACUAAUAGAGGAGAGUGGUGAGGACGACCAAUUCACUUCACAUAACAGUCGCGAACAGUCACAGGCAAGAGACGUUCGCUCCAUCCACAACGACGGAAUUGCUAACACACAACCCCACCCCACGCACAAAAACGGGACGGGCAGAGGACUGGCCAGUGCGGAUGUAACGGAGUUAUACUUCCUUAACAAAGAAAGGUUGGAGGCACUGUCGUAUUUCCAAGAGAGUGACCCCGGUUACCAUGAGAGGUGCAUGUCGGUGUAUACGAAGAAAUUGGUGGGUGACGUUUUUGACGAAAGGCCUGUGAGGACCGAAUUGCCCAACGCAAAUGCUCCACCGCAACCGUCGCAACCGGACCCGUUGCCCCAAAUCACAGUCACCAACUCACUCAAAAACGCCACAGAUGACACGUCACAGGCGUGGGCUUUACUGCCGGACACCGCAGAUGAGGAUGUGGCCGUGACUGCGCUCCGAAAUUACCUUCGAAUCUCUCCAAUUCACAAAUACACAAAACUGUCCCGAUUUCUGAGGAGGGAAGCGGAUCGUAUUGGUCUACAGUAUGCAGAAUACGAACCAGUGCCAGGGCAACCAGUGAUUGUACUGACACUACUGGGACGAGACCCCUCUCAAGAGAGUGUGCUUCUGAACUCGCACACAGAUACGGGUACUUUAGAUGCGCAGAGUAAGCGAUGGACACACCCGCCCUAUGUCGCACACAAGGACAGUCAGGGACGUAUCUACGCCCAUGGAGCUCAGGAUAAGAAGUGUGUGGGUAUGCAAUACCUGCACGCACUAGCACGAAUACUGAGCAACCAUAGGCAAGCAUCCACCACACCACUAUUCCAUCGCACUCUGCACCUGUCCUAUGUUUCCGGACUAGAAGUGGGGGGUGGUGAAGUGAUGGCCAAUUUCGUCGAUUCCGAGGCCUUUAAUAGGCUUGGUGUAGGGUUUGCGCUGGAUGCAGGGUUGGCAUGUGCGAGUACGGCGUGUGAUGUGUAUGUGGGUGAGAGAGCACCGUACUGGCUUACGCUCACUGCCCACGGAACACCAGGACAUGGAUCUGUGACCACUCAGAAAACGGCACCGUUACGCCUCAACGCGGUCAUCAACCGAUUCCUGGAAGUCCGAAGUUCGGAAGCGGAGCGUAUGCAGUCACAUGGCCUUAGUGUGGGCGAUGUAAUGUCCAUCAAUCUUACUAUGGUACAUUGCGGGGUGCAACACAACGCUAUACCGGCCACAGCCUCUGCUGGAUUUGAUAUACGCGCACCUCCCAGCCGAACCCAAGCGGAUGUGCACACACUGGUGGAAAGCCUUCUGGAAGAAGGGGUGACGGUGGACUAUGUCUUGGACACAGCCAUGAACAACGUGACAACUGCCGAUGAUAGCUCUCCGUGGUGGACUGUGUUCGCAGAGGCAUGCAACAACGCAGCCGUCAAGCUAAAUGACCCCGGGAUCUUCCCUGCUGGGACGGAUGCCCGAUUUCUGAGAAGCAAAGGGAUCCCUACAAUCGGCUUCUCCCCCAUCAACAAUACCAUCGCAGCACCACCGGAGCAGGACGAGUACAUAGACGAGCAGAUCUACCUAAGAGGUGUGACGGCGUUCGAGCACAUUUUUGCUGCGCUUGGAGAUAUGGUGUAA